AGAGAGAGAGAGAGAGAGAGAGAGAGAGCGGCUGAGCAAGAGAACCAGAUUGAGAGAUAAGUGUGUGUGUUUGAGUGUGUGUGUGUGUGUGUAUGUGUGUGUGUGUGAGUGAGUGUGUUGAGUCAAUCAGUUUCCGAAAAAGGGCGUCCUCCUCCUGAUUUCUCUCAUGUUUGUCUCCCCGGAGGAAGGGGCGGUCUCAGCGCCACAGCAGAUCCGGAAUCAGUAGGUGUUCGCUCGGCUCUGUUCGGCUCGGUCGGUCGGUCGGUGGGCUCCGCUGACGGUUCGGUUCCUACGACAGAGAGGUUACAGGAAGCAGAACCGGGAGCAGCUCAAAAACGGUCACAAAUAAAGAAAAAUAAAGAAGAGAGGUGAAGCCUGAAAGUGUCGACCGAGGGAGGGGAAGACAAACCCGGAGCAGAAAAGAGGAAUAAAAUUGAAGAAGAAAAAAAAAAAAAGUAGAGGCACAAGAAGAGAAAAGAUGCCUCUGGCUCAGUUGGCGGAUCCCUGGCAGAAGAUGCCCCUGGGGGGGACUGCUGGAGAGGACGCGCAUCACGACCCCGAGGACUUGGUGGGCGAUGACGACUCCAUGCCUCUGUGCACCGAUGACGUGCCAAUCAAGGAGAUCAACAUCACGAACCACGUGAAGGAGGGAUCAGAGAAAGCUGACCCACGACAGUUCGAGCUCCGCAAAGUCCUGGGACAGGGCUCCUUCGGCAAGGUGUUUCUGGUGAGGAAGAUCACAGGUCCAGAUGCGGGUCAGCUUUACGCCAUGAAGGUCCUGAAGAAAGCAACAUUGAAAGUGCGUGACAGAGUCAGGACAAAGAUGGAGAGAGACAUCCUGGUGGAGGUCAACCAUCCCUUCAUUGUCAAACUGCACUAUGCCUUUCAGACGGAGGGAAAGCUCUACCUAAUCCUGGACUUCCUCAGAGGAGGAGAUCUGUUCACUCGUCUCUCUAAGGAGGUGAUGUUCACAGAGGAAGACGUGAAGUUUUACCUGGCAGAACUUGCUCUCGCCCUUGAUCACCUUCACAGCCUGGGCAUCAUUUACAGAGACCUCAAGCCAGAGAACAUCCUGCUCGAUGAGGAAGGACACAUCAAGCUGACUGACUUUGGCCUCAGUAAGGAGUCAAUAGACCACGAGAAUAAGGCAUACUCCUUCUGUGGGACGGUGGAGUACAUGGCUCCUGAGGUGGUGAACAGAAGAGGACACACGCACAGCGCCGACUGGUGGUCAUACGGGGUACUCAUGUUCGAGAUGCUGACGGGAACGCUGCCGUUUCAAGGCAAAGACCGGAAAGAGACGAUGACCAUGAUCCUCAAGGCGAAGUUGGGAAUGCCUCAGUUUUUAAGUUCAGAAGCUCAGAGUCUCCUCAGGAACCUUUUCAAACGCAACCCUGCUAACAGAUUAGGAGCCGGACCAGACGGUGUGGAGGAGAUCAAGAGGCAUCAGUUCUUCAGCACCAUCGACUGGAAUAAACUGUUCCGCAGAGAGAUCCCCCCUCCCUUCAAACCGGCUGCAGGACGACCUGACGACACUCUCUAUUUUGAUCCAGAGUUCACAGCUAAAACACCCAGAGACUCUCCGGGGGUUCCUCCCAGUGCCAACGCCCAUCAGCUGUUCAGAGGAUUCAGCUUUGUGGCGAUAACAGAAGAGGACAUACAACCACUACCCAAUGCUAUUGUACAGCAGCUGCACAGAAGCACAUCCCAGUUCUCAGACGCCUACGAGAUCAAAGAGGACAUCGGCGUCGGGUCGUACUCAAUCUGUAAACGUGGCGUGCACAAAGGAACCGGCAUGGAGUACGCUGUCAAGAUCAUCAACAAGUCCAAGAGAGACCCGACGGAGGAGGUGGAGAUCCUGCUGAGAUACGGACAACAUCCCAACAUCAUCACCCUCAAAGAUGUGUACGAUGACGGCCGGUCUGUGUUUCUGGUGACGGAGCUGAUGAAAGGAGGAGAGCUGCUGGAUAAAAUCCUGCGGCAGAAGUUUUUCUCUGAGAGAGAAGCCAGCGCUGUUCUCUACACCAUCACCAAGACGCUGGAGUACCUGCACGUCCAGGGGGUGGUGCACAGAGACCUGAAGCCGAGCAACAUCCUCUAUGUGGACGAGAGCGGGAACGCCGAGUCCAUCAGGAUCUGCGACUUUGGUUUCGCCAAACAGCUGAGAGCAGAGAACGGUCUGCUCAUGACGCCGUGUUAUACUGCCAACUUUGUCGCCCCUGAGGUGUUGAAGAAGCAGGGUUAUGAUGCCGCCUGUGACAUCUGGAGUCUGGGAGUCCUGCUCUACACCAUGCUAACAGGGUUCACCCCCUUCGCUAACGGUCCAGAGGACACUCCAGAGGAGAUUCUGGCUCGAAUCGGCAGCGGGAAGUUUUCGCUCACCGGAGGAUACUGGAACUCUGUGUCUGCUGAGGCCAAGGAUCUGGUGUCCAAGAUGCUGCAUGUGGACCCUCACCGGCGGCUGACGGCGGGUCAGGUCCUGAGACACCCCUGGGUGACGCACAGAGACCAGCUGCCCAAAUACACCCUCAACCGACACGACGAGCCGAACCUCGUCAAGGUCAAGGGGGCGAUGGCGGCCACCUACUCGGCCCUCAACAGAAACGUCCCUCCAGUCCUGGAGCCGGUCGGCUGCUCCACACUCGCCCAGCGCAGGGGGAUGAAAAAGAUCACCUCCACCGCUCUGUGACUUUUGAACCCUGCCUCCCUUACCUCCUCGUCUUAACUCUUGACCUCGACCUGACCACCUCCUGACCCCCCCCUCCUCCUCCUCCCCCUCUCCUCUCCCGUCCGGUGGGACAGACUACUGAUGAACCCAGGAACCGCUUACGCCAAAUAGGAACACAGAGACCACCUCCGCCCCUGCUCCCUGUCUGGUCCUGCACCUUAACGGACUCCUCUGAUUGGAUCUCGUGGUUGAAGACCUGUCGUUUAGGUCUCAUCUUUGCUUUGGACAAUCAGCGCGUCAGGAAAAAGAAAGUACUGUAUUUAUUCACUCCAAACGGGGCCAGUGUGAACAUAGGAACACGGUUAUCUAAUGUAUGCAUUUAAAGAGCUAGGAUCAUCGUUAUUCUGCUGUCGUCAUGGUUCUGCGUAGCUGUAGAUCCUGUAUUUAAACCUCAAGUAGCCUCUGAGAUGACGGUGUCUACAGAGAAGGACAGAAGGCGAGAAUCAACGGGGGCUCAAAGAUUUACCUGCAGAGAUAAAAACAAGACUGCGGAAAGAUUACAAAGCAUUUACUCACCUUACAGCUCAGACUCGAUGUUUUUCAUGGUGAAGAAAAGUCUCAGGAGCCUGAGUUUUCUAUAUCUAACACCUCCUGUAUUCAGUAUUUUACCUUGAAUCUGCAAAAGAACGAAAAAGCAAUUUGUCCGUCUCAGCCUGAAGAUGACUUCAUUCUCAAAGUCCAACAGUUUGCUGAUAAAUCAAGCAGUGUGUUUCAGAAACUCAACUGAAUCUAGGGAAUGAAACGAAGCUUCCUCCCCUCAGGUUGUAGAUAAACGUACAAGACAGGACUCAAAUAUUUGUAAUUAUCUUUUUGUCGACAUCCUGUGAAAAAAACAAAACAUAAUAACUGUUUCUCUCACCUGGAAACUCGUCAGAUCCCACUGAAAUCAGCUGAAACACCAAACCAGUAUAUAACAGAGUUAU